AUGGACGACCAAGAGAAGCAGGUUCAACAAGAACAAAAGAAAUUCGGAGACCGCCUCCGCGAGGUGGCCAGUAUCUCCAAAAUUCGAGAAAGGCUCCGCAGACGCCAAUACCGAGUCAAGCAAGGAAGCCCGCCGCCAAAGCCACCGCCGUACUGUCCGCACUGGCACAAGGCACGGCCUAAGCCGCAGAAGGCGUGGACAAAGGUCGGAACAGAGAGGCUCAGGGGCUACGAGGACGGGUUUGUAAGCCGUCUGGAGAGGUAUGAGGAGCGCCUGCAGGAUCCAACAUCCAAGGAGGCGAGGCAGAAGGCCGCGCGCGGGGCCGGCUACAGCUCGACGGCGACUACGCUGUGCGGCGCGCCGGUGAAUCCUGAGGCGGAGCUGGUGGACAUGUUCGAGAGGCUGCGGGAGCUCGAGAGACUGUACGAGCUGUCGGAUGAUGAUGAUGAUGAUGAGGAGGAGGAGGAGGAGGAGGAGGAGGAGUGCGCCGGAGCGAGACAAGAGCAGUCAGAGGAGGAUCGGGAAGAGUACUCUUCCACCGAGGCAUGGAUAAGCGGGGCCAGAAGUCUUGGGACUGGAUCACUGAAGGGGAAAAAUUCGAAGAAGUUCGUGCAGCGCGGAUUCCAUGGCACGCCGCAGUCACUCGCGUUUGGAUGGGCAUGA